CUGCGCGGGGCAACCGCCUGGUGUCUAUGGCAACGGUCUUGUCAGCUCGCCGAGCCGCGGCGAGCUUCCUUCCCUGGCCCGGCAGAGGCCGCGGAGGCGCCCGGGAGGCGAGGCCGCCCGCACCGCCGACGAGAGAGCGGGAGGGGGCGGAGAAAGGCGGGUGAGAGGAGGAGGGGGCGGCCGCGGCGUCGCCCCCCUGCUGCCCGGCGGGUCCCCCCCGAGGUCUGGGCCAGGAGGAGCCGCAGCCCGGCGCGCGAGUGUCCAGCUGCCAUGGCCGGGCCCGCCAUCCGGAUCGGGGACCAGCUCAUCCUGGAAGAGGACUACGACGAGACCUACAUCCCCAGCGAGCAAGAAAUCGACGAGUUUGCUCGGGCCAUCGGGAUCGACCCGGAGAGCGAGCCGGAGCUGAUGUGGCUGGCCCGGGAGGGCGUCGUGGCCCCCUUGCCCGCCGAGUGGAAGCCCUGCCAAGAUAUCACAGGUGACAUCUACUAUUUCAACUUUGCCAAUGGUCAGUCGAGUUGGGACCACCCUUGUGAUGAGCGCUACAGACAGCUGGUGGCUCAGGAAAGGGAGAAGCUUUUGAGUCAUGGGAACCUCAAGAAGAAAGACCGGAAAAAAAGAAAGGAAAAGGAGAAAAAGAAAGACAAGAAAGAGAGAGAGUUGCUGAGACGUCCAACUGAGGUGCAGUCGGAGCCAGGGAUCCUUCCUUCGACAUCCUUUUACAGAGUCUCAUCCCCUGUCCUGUCAUCUGAGCGUGCAAGCCCUGAUUUAGAGCAGGGCAGUCUGGUCACAAGGAAUGAAGCUUUGCUGAAGACCCGAAAGGGGAAGUCCUUGGGGAUGCCUCCACCGGAUCCAGGUGAUCUGCCCAGGUUGGUGUCGGGCCCCACCCUUGGUAACUUGCAGCCUCUUCUGACCAACAAGGCAAACAGGACUCGCCAGAUCCUUUUAGAUGUGGAAAAGAUUUUGGGAAGAACUUCAUCUUCUAACAGACCAGAUUCUGGCCACCAUCCCUGUCAAGAUAUGGCUGCAGAAAUCCGAAAUGGAGCUGCUUGUGUUGGUUCAGACUCAGAACCUGAGGAAUUGGAGAGCGCCAACAUUGCAAAGCCCAUUUCCCAAGCCUUGAAGGUACCCUCGUGUUCUGUGGAGACUCCAGAAGCUGUGCUAGCCAUGAGGGCUCCCUUGAAGGAGAGAGGUCAGUUUUCCGAGGGUGAGCUGGGUAAGGAUGAAAAUGACCGUCCUUUGGAGGAAGCUAGGUCUUGUCAGCCACUUGCUGGUCUCUGGACUGGAGAAAGGGCCAGGGGGUUCGGCAGCUAUACAGCAAAGGAUGGGGGCUUCUUUCAUACCAUAGAGAAGGAAAUGCUGUUUCCUUCCACUGCUUCUCCCCCCAUAUCUGUGGGCCAGAAGUGUGAGCCCAGUGCUGCGGAGGGGCAAGGGGAUAUCCAUUCUCUGAAGGUUGAACUGAGGCCUGUUGGGAAAGUGGUAGAGGGCAGGAGAAAGAAGCAGCUUCUGCAGCAGGGCCGGAUAGCAGAGUUCAGCAAGAGCGGAAGAGAGGGCAGCCAACAGCCAGUGUCUGAUCCACAGCCGGACCCGUCCCCAGGGACUCCUGCUGAGAUGAGACUGGAGGCAGAGGACGGGAGAGGUGGGGGCGCUGCUGCCCUGCCCGUUCAGCCCGGAGAGGGAAAGGCAAGGGGUGCCAGGUCUGAUUCUGAUGGCAGCAGUGUGACUAGCAGUUUGGCUGACCAUUUUGCCUCUCAGAUCUUGGGAGAAGUGGACAACUUCUCCUGGGACCUUCAGAGCUCUCAUGACUCUGACCACCCAGCAGACCAGCUGACUGCUGCCAGGAGACCUUUUCUGGAAGCUCUGCAGGCCCAGCCUCGAAGUUCCCUUGAAGACAGGUCAGAAAGUGAGUGCUACUCGGAGGAUCAGAAGUUCUAUCAGCAUGUACUCCAUAUGGUGAAGAGGUCCCGAGGAGCAGAGCCAGCGGGACCUGAAUCCCUCAAGCAGCAGCAGCAGCAGCAGCAAGAAGGGCCCAGAGAGCCAAAGCCGGACCACUCUGUUCUUGGCCUGAAGACAGAACUGGGGAUUGUUCAGGAAGGAGCCACAGAAGUGGAGGCAAGGUCAAGGCAAGCUGCUGCAGUCUUCAAGGCAGGGGGACUGCAGAGUUCAGGCAAGGACCACGUGUGCACUGUCGCCAGCAAGCGAGUGGAAGGAGAGCUGGUCCAGGGCAGAAGACUGGCAGAGAGUGGCUCCAGGCCUGAAUUUUCACCAGCAAGAGGCAGUAAAGAGCCUUCUAGCCACAGGAAAGAUAUGUUGGGCUCUGAAGCAGAAGUGCCCUUGAACCAACCAGUUGCCAGUGGGGCAGAAACGGAUGAAGGCAGCACUGAUAGUCCUCGUGGGACUGCUGAGCUUCUGAAGAACCUCCAUGUCGAUGUUAGUGGUCUGAGUGCCAGCUUGGACAAUGAGGCUUCUGAAGGCAGCGGUCCCAUGAAGGAAUGGCAGCUUUCUGACCACUUGGACCCUGAGCUGUGUGACAUCAUGGCCCGUGGUUGGCUGGCACAAGAGAAGGACCAGAACAAAGGCAGCCUGCAAGUGGAGCGAAGUCCAGGACAGGCAGAGGCAGAUGAGAGCAGAGAGAACAAAAGCUGUCCCAGUGCUGCCGCUGAGAGGGCUGAAGAAGAGAAGUCCUCCAGUGUGGAGAAAGCAGGUGUGGCUGCUGCUGGUCUCCCGAAGACAAAGAGGAGAGCUGCACUGGGCGCACCUUGCCAGGAGAAAUGUGAGGGUGAAUUUAAACAAAUAGAACCCCUGAAGCAACAUGCUGGAGACCCCCUGGAAGAUCUCGCCAAAGAGGAGCAGACAUCCCUGGAGCAAUCCAAAAAGCUUUUGCUCCAAGAAAAAGAGGUUCGAGUUCAGCGCUUCCGGGAAGAGCUGCAUCAAGAAGAAGAGGAGGAGAUCCGCCUGCUCUGUGAGCAGAAAGAGGCUUCCCUCCAAUCCCUGAAGAACGAGCUGGAGAAGACCAGGCAGGAAGAGGAACAGCACUUGCGGGAGGAGUUGCGAGAGGAGCUGCUGAAGCUCAAGACCCAAAUCCAGACGGAGAGAGACGUGGAAAAAGAGAGGAUCAGACUGGAGCAGGAGGCUGUGCUGCACAAACUAAACAAAGAGCUGGAAUCCUGGCAGCUGUCUGAGAAGGAGCAGAGGUGGCUUUCUCUGGCCAGGAGGAAGGAGGAAGUGGAAGUUGUGCAGGAGGCGGAACUGAGAGAGCUGGAGGAGGAGAGCCGGAGAGCCUUGGGCAAGCUGAAGGAGAGGCUGAGCAGGGAGAAGGCUGUGGCCAUGGAGGAACUCGAGAAGCAGUUUGCCGCCGAGCUCCAGCAGCAGCAGUCUGCAGCCAAAGAGGAACACCAAAAGGCUGUCUUGAGCCUCCAGACACAGAGAGCAGAGGUGCAGAGGAGGGAGGAGGCAGAGCUGUGGGAGGAGUCACAGAGCACAGAACAGAAGGUCCAGCAGAAGAGGCACCAUGUGGCUGAGUAUGAGCGAGAGCUCCGUGACCUCCUGAAGGAGAAGCGGCAGGAAGUGGAGCAGGACCACCUGAGGAGGCUGGAGAAGAUGAGGGAGGCCCAUCAGGAGGCCCUGGCCAGGGCCCAGGAGCAGUGCGAGGAGGAGGAGAGCCGGCGGAGGGCUGAGCUGCUGGCGGCCCUGAGAGAGGAGCAAGAGCGCCUUGGGCUGCUCCACAGGGAGGAGCUGGCAGCUCUGAGGAAGGAGCAGGAGGAGCGGCUGAGAAGCCUCUGCCAGACCCAACGGGAACAGGAGCAAAAGGCCCAGAGUGCAGAGCGGGGCCUGGAGCACGUCCAGGCAAGAGUGGCACAGCUCCAAGCCCAGGAAGAAGUCUUGAGGAAGAAAAUGCAGCAGACUCUGGAAGAAGAGAAGCAGCUGGAGCAAGAGAGAAACAAAAGAGCUUUGGCAGCUCAGCUCUGCAUUGAGGAGUCACACAAAGAGCAGGAGAUGCUUGCAGCAUCGACACAGGAGCUGCGUGGGACCCUGGCAGAGCUCCAGAACCAGAAAGUGGAGCUGGAGUCUGAGGUGGAGCUGCUCCACUUGGAGAGCCAGCAGCUGCAGAAGCGAGCCAGCGAGCUAGAAGCUGCCAUCAAGAGCAAGCAAGAGCUGCUGAAGAAGCUGGAGGCAGAGAGCAGUGUGGCAAACCCACAGGAGCAGGAGGAGGGGGAAGAGGCAGACCUCCGAGUUGAAGACCUGCAAGAGAGCAGUCUGGCAGCGGCCCCCGCCAGAGAGACGGCAUCUGCAACGCCGCAGAGCCACGGAGACAGCAGCAGCAGCAGCAGCCACCUUCUCCUGAAUCAGGUUCACCAAUACAUUUCAGCAGAAGGUGCCUCUCUAAAGUCUGCAAAGGAGUUCUUGGUACGCCAGACCCGCUCCAUGCGCAAAAGGCAAACUGUCUUGAGAGCAGCAAAGCAGCACUGGCGGCAGGACCUUCAGAGGGCUCAAGAGGCCGUGCAGGACCCCGGCCAGUCCCAGGUGUUGGAGGGGGUGCGCAGGAAUCUGGAGGAGGAAGCAAGGCAGCUGGAUGAGAUGAAGUCAGCCAUGCGGAGAGGGCAGACGCUGCUGAAGAAGAAAGAAGAGAGGCUGAGCCAGCUGGAGACUUCGCUCUUGGAAGAGUUUUCUGUUCUUCGACCUCAGUCCCACCUGGGACGAGGCAUGGAAGCCUGUCGACCGCUCGGCAUGCAUGCCCGGCACGAAAAACUUUAAGCAAUGUGUCCACUGUGGUUGCAAAAUUCCCUCCCUGGACACACACAGUGAAUGCCUCCUGUGCUUGCGGGAGUCCCACGUUGUCAAGGCCUGUCUUCUUCUUCUUCUUCUUUUUAAACUUUAUUUUUAUUAGUUUUCUGUAUACCAAUGUGACUUCCAGUUCAUCUUUCAACAUAUUUAUACUAAAACAUCCAUAUUUGCUCUCAUGUAAAUAUUUUCUUCAUAUUUAUAUAUCUAGUUAUUAUGUCCUCGUUCUUAUUUUCAUCACCAUAGUAAUCUUUUAAUUUAAUUACUAUAACAAAUUCCCCAACUGUUAUUUUUACAUUUCAACCCCUGUUAAUAAAUCCAAAUUCAUAUUGUUUUUCAUAUGCCACAGAAAGGGUUUCCAAUCUUCUAUAAAACAUUCUAUAUGACUAUCUCUUACUAAUACAGUACGUUUUGCCAUUUCUGCAUAUUCAUAUGCCUUCAUCCACCAUUCUUGCUGGAAUUUCUGCAGAUCUCCAGACAGGUCUUGGAGGACAUCUUUGCCAAGUGGGGCUUUCCGGCCCUGGAUCUGUUUGCCUCUCAGGACAACACACAAUGUCCCUUGUAUUGCUUGAGAGGCGGGCAGGGCUUGGAGUCUCUGGGCGAUGCCUUGGCUCACCCUUGGAUGGGGGCAACUACUUUACCUGUUUCCCCCGUUUCCCCUGUUACCAAAGGUCCUAACCAAACUGAGACUCGACCACUCUCAGGCCAUCCUGAUAGCGUCAUGGUGGCCACGGAGGCCUUGGUUCCUGACUCUGAGGAGACUGGUGGAGUUGUGGGUGUCACUUCUGGCUCGUUCAGACCUGUUGUCUCAGGACGGGUGCCAGACCCUAUACCCCAGGGUUCAGUCCCUCCAUCUGACUACAUGGAGGAUCAGUCCGUCCUCCCACCUGAACUGCUGGACAUACUGGUGGCAGCCAAAAAGCCUUCCACUAGAAAGUCCUAUGGACACAAAUGGGCUAGGUUUUGUGCUUUUGCUGACUGUGAGGGUUUGGAUGCAGCUAACCCCUCUGUAGCCAGUAUCUGUGCCUAUUUGAGGUCCUUGAAGGAGUCGGGCCUCAUGUUGUCCUCUCUCAAAGUGUAUCUGGCUGCUAUAGUGGCCAAAUCCCCUGCAGGCUGACCAUCCUGGUUUAAGGUCCCCUUGCUUAAGACUUUCCUUAAGGGUCUCUCCCAUGUGUUCCCAGAUGACCCUGUAAUGGCACCAGCCUGGGAUUUGUCAGUUGUAUUGACAGGAUUGAUGCAGCCACCCUUUGAGCCUUUGGCCUCGGUGGACCCGCAUCUACUCUCCUGGAAGGUGGCCUUUUUGGUGGCAAUAACCUCCGCCACAAGGGUUAGUGAAUUACGGGCCCUCUGGGCUGACACUUAUAAUUCCUUAAGGAUAAAGUGGUCAUCCAUCCAGAUAUCCAAUUUUUGCCCAAGGUGAUGUCAGCCUUUCACCGCUCCACGCCCCUUACUCUCCCAGUGUUCUUUCAAAACCCUGCCUCGGAUGCGGAGUGUCGAUUACAUCGUCUAGAUGUGAGGAGGGCUUUGUCCCUUUAUGUCCAGCGGUCAGCUGAGUGGCAGAGGACGCCCUCGCUUUUUGUUCUGUACGAUGGCCCCUUAAAGGGUUACAGGGGUCGGCCCAGUCCACCAUUGAACUUUGCUACCAACUGGCUCAUAAACAGCUGGCACCCACUGUUAAGGCACAUUCGGUGUGUUCAGUGGCUACCUUGGUGGCUUUUGAUAGGCCUGUCUCUUUUUUUUGGAUGUAAUUUGCCCAUUCCUUUGUUCGCCACUUCUAAAGCACAGAAUGAUGCUGUGUUUGGCAGGAGUGUACUGCAAUCUUUAUAUAUAGAGAGAAAGAGAGGUGGAAAUGUUAAUAAAGUGCUGUUUGUUUCACUGUUGCCUUGCCUCUCCCUCCUCCUUGGGUGCUUGCUUGUUAUGUGCCCAUUGGUGUAAAACACAGAGACCAUGUUGAAGAACGACAGGUUACUCACUGUAACGUUGGUUCUUCUGGUGGUCAUCUGUAGUUUUACAUGCCCUCCCAUCCUCCCCACUGGUCUCCUGAAGGCGGACUCCGUGACUGAGGGGAUGAGGAGUGGUGCAGCCGCAUGUAGCAGCUGGGGGCGGGGUUCCGCCAAAUGCAGGAAAAUUGAGCUUGUUAGAUGCAUGGAUUCUGUGCAGGCGCAAAGCCCAUUGGUGUAAAGCUACAGAUGACCACUAGAAGAACCAACAUUACAGGUGAAUAAUCUGUUGUUUCUUGCUAAAAAAAGAAUGGUAGUUAGAGGGAGAUAUCAUCACAAGCUGGAUGUUCACAGAGCACUGAAAAUUUACAUUCAGAGGACCAAAGUCCUUUCUAAUUCUGAAUCAUGUUGUUGGAUUUUGUGAAUCCAAGUGAGGAUUCAAGGUUUCCUCUAACACGUUGGCUAGAGAUGGAUGAAGAAUGGCAUUUUCAGGUUUACAUUAGAGCUAAAUUUCAGCCACUCAAUAUGAACUUCAGCUGCUUCUACACCCUUUGCCACCCUAGCGCCACCAUCUAACAUAUGCCGAGCAGCCACACAGGGGUCUUCUUCUUCGGUUGAGUAUUGCAAGCUAAGCACAUAUGCACCCCCCGAUGCUGCGCUUGGGUAGAGGGUCUUACAAAAGUUCCUCCAAAUAGCCAGAUCCAGCAGUCCUGCCCUUCUGACAUGCUCUGUCCCACUGCUGGGGAAUAGAACAUUGGCCCUUGGUUGGAGGGCUCAUUCUCGGCAGUGGGAUGGGCUGCAUCGGGCCCAUCCUUCCAGUUUCUCAAGUUAUUUACUUGAUAGUUUUUUAGUUGUAGACUUUUUGCAUGGUGUUUCAUUUUGGGGUAGUUUCUGCCAUUCCAGGGCUUUUUGGAAUCCCCAACCUAUUCUAUGGGGUCUCAGCCUGCAUGUAUGAUCCCUGCCUCGUUUGUGAUUGUUUGUACAUUCUCCUGUCCUGUGAGUUACUUGUUAGUUAGCAUUGGAGGCUCAUUGAUUCCCAUCGGUGGGACACAAAGGAAGUUCCUUCCACAACUUUGAUUGGUCUUGUCUUGGAGUGAGUGGGAGAAGCAACCCGUUCUGUCUGGGUGCACUCUUAUCCCACUGCUGAGGAUGAACUCUUGCAGGAAGGGCCAUUCUUGUGCCUUAGUCUGCUCACUGAAGGGGACAAACUACAGGGGUGCUUGGGGUGGAAUGAAGGAGCAGCUCAGAGGCCAGGCACAAAAAUAAGUCUUGGUUUCCCCCUUGCAUCUCCUAUUUUCUGAGAGACUGGAAGCAAUUUCUCGGGGUCUAUCCUGGGGCCUUCCAUCACUAGAUGUGUUGGUUCCCUGCAGCCUGAUCUGAAGCCUGUAGCACCCUGGGGAGGGCAAGUAGGAACCGGGAGAAGGUCUUGUUGUGGUGAGCAGGGAUUGUUGCCUUGUUUCCAUGCCUGCUCAAGAGGGUGAAGCAGGCUGGCUUGGCCUGAGGGCUAGUGACUUUGCUUGCCGCUGCUCUGCUUUGC